CAGAUGGAUGAAGCAGUCAGCAUGCUUAAAGAAUUGAAGCAACUUUAUGCUGGAUUAGAUGAAAGUGGUCAGCAAGUGAAGAACAACAUUUCAACAAUUAGAGAAGUUUGCAAGAGGUUGCAGUCAACAAGGCAAACAGUGGAGCCUCACUUGAAUCAGCUAUUCUUGCAGCAGAGUAGGAGUGUUAAAGGCAAGGCAACAGAGACGGGCGUGGGCAUGGGCGAGGGUGUGGCAUCAGAAGGAAAAUGUGAUGAGGGAAACAUUGACAGUAAGAUGGAGGGUUUGGCAGUUCCUAUAGCUUCUGGUUCCCAAUCCCAAACCCAAGCCAAUUGUCAGGAUCAGGAAAUUGAAAACUAGGGGAUGGGAAAAAGAACGCCUAAGAAAAAGAAAGGGGAAACAUUAGUAACCAAAUCUCAGAAUUCCUAUUUCUGAAAUUGAUUACCAUCUACUACAUGUUGUAGUGUCAAAUUGAAAUGGCUAAGUUUGU